GUGUCGGCUGCUUCUUUAUUUCUUGGGUUCUGUAUUUGCAAAAUCACUUCUAUAAAAAUCCAUUCUUUUUCUUUACAAACAAAACAAAAAGUUGUUUAAGGAAUUGAAUCAAAUAUUUUCUUGGAAUUUUUUUUAUCAUAUGGUUUAAGUUUACACCUACAUUUGUUGUUGGAGCUUGUUUUAGCUUCAAAAUAACAACACUGAACUGGAUUCAGUGUAAAAUUUCAUCCCAAAAAAUCCCAUUUUGAGAUUUUCUCAAUCUCUUCAUUGCCAUUUUCAGAAUGGCAAAUGGGACUGUGCAACAAUGGAUAUAUUCAUUUGUUACUUUGUCGAUUGUUUUUAGAACUGAAGGGCUCUUUGUAAAUAUUACUUACGUUCUCAGUGGGGUGGCAAAAGGAGCAGUAUGUCUGGAUGGGAGUCCACCGGCAUAUCAUCAUGACAAAGGAUUUGGUACAGGGGUUAACAGUUGGUUAAUCCAAAUGGAGGGAGGAGGUUGGUGCAAUAAUAUAAGCACUUGUCUUUCCCGGAAGUAUACUCGCUUGGGAUCAUCUAAGCAGAUGGUAGAAAAUCUCGCUUUCUCAGGGAUUCUCAGCAACCUGCCUCAGUUUAAUCCAGACUUCUAUAACUGGAACAGAGUAAAGGUUGGAUAUUGUGAUGGAUCAUCCUUUACUGGUGAUGUUCAAGCAGUCAAUCCGAUUACUAAUCUUCACUUCAGAGGGGCACGGGUUUUUCUUGCUGUUAUGGAGGAUUUGUUGGCAAAAGGAAUGAAGAAUGCUGAAAAUGCUAUUCUGUCUGGAUGUUCAGCUGGCGGAUUGACUUCAAUUUUACAUUGUGACAGCUUCAAAGCACUCCUACCAAUGGGUGCUAAAGUAAAGUGCUUUUCGGAUGCUGGUUAUUUUAUCGAUGCGAAAGAUAUUUCUGGUGCGCCUCAUAUUGAAGAAUACUUCAGAGAUGUUGUCAGCUUACAUGGUUCUGCCAAGAAUCUGCCGCCAGUGUGUACCUCAAGAUUGAAGCCGGAUUUGUGUUUUUUCCCACAAAAUGUUGCUCAACACGUGCGGACACCACUUUUCCUAGUUAAUGCAGCCUAUGAUUCCUGGCAGAUAAAGAACAUUUUGGCUCCUGGUGUUGCUGAUCCAUAUGGAUUCUGGCUCAACUGCAAACUUGACAUACUGAAAUGCUCUUCCAGGCAGCUUCAAAUUAUGCAUGGUUACAGAUUGUUGUUUCUGAGAGCAUUAAAUGCGCUCGGCUCUUCUUCAUCGAGAGGGUAUUUCAUCAACUCCUGCUUUGCACACUGUCAAACUGAGGUUCAAGAAACAUGGUACAGGGCUGACUCUCCUAAGUUAGCUAACAAGACUAUAGCCAAAGCACUCGGAGACUGGUUUUACGACAAAAAUCCAUUCCAGAAGAUUGAUUGCCCUUACCCUUGUGACAAAACCUGUCACAACCGUGUUUUUGAUCCAAAUGUCCAUACUUUCGACAUUGAUAUAUAAAAUCAUUGAUAGAAGUUAUUCUUUGAGAUCAUUGAUAUGAAAAAUCAGAAACUCCCAAAGGGAAAAUAGAAAAUAUAGAAGGAAAGAAGCUUGUAUUGAUUUGUUAAAUAUUUCACAAUAAGGGAAAAGUUAUCAUGGCAUAAAAUUGUAUGCUGUGGUGCCCUAUACAGAUACUAUAUAUGUAUUCUUAUGCAAUUAGUAAAGAUAAUCUCAAUAAAAGUGAUUUU